UUGGACAAGAAAAUUCCUUUCCAUCUCCAAGUUUUCCAAAAGUAUACUACAUCUUGAAUCCAACAUUCUUCGACCGAAUAAUUGCCUUUAAUUGAUGACUCUCGUUUGCAUUACAGAGUAACAGCAACUGGGUUGAAAAUUGCUGGAUUGUAAAAGAAUGGACUGAAGCCGAGACUCACUUGCAAGUUACAGAAGCCAAGAGAUCUGCAGAUAAUUAAAAGUGUAUAAAUAUGAGUGUCUCAUCUUGGGAUGGUCAUUCGGGAGUGGAGUUUUGCAGCUGACCAUUCAUCGUACCUCUCUCACCAUGGCGCUGCGUUCACUGUUUGUGUUACUGGGAACCUUCAUUGCCUGCAAUGCCAAUUUGAUUGAUUGUGGGCAACCAGCCCAUCCUCCCGAUGAAUCGCGCGUUGUGGGAGGACACGAAGCCCAGGCCAACUCCUGGCCAUGGCAGGUUAGUCUUCAACUCAAGCAGUACGAUGGUACUAAAAUGCAUUGGUGCGGUGGAUCGCUCAUACACUACAAUUGGGUUGUAACAGCAGCUCACUGUGUAGAGGGGAAGGAAGCUCCUUAUUUAUGGGAAGUCUGGCUUGGUGCUCAUGACAACAAAGUUCCUUCAGGCAGUGUGGUUGUGUCGAAAGUUGCAGGAAUUUUCAAAAAUCCAUAUUGGAAUCCAAGCGGUCUUGUGAAUGAUAUUGCGCUGAUUAAAUUAGCAACUUACUUCACCUUAAGUGACGAGAUCAGCACUGUUUGCCUGCCUGCAAAAACUCACACAGCAGGGAAUGGGUUCGUCACAGGCUGGGGAGAAAUGCAGUACUAUGGACAAGCAGGUUGGUAUCCAGAUAAGCUCCAACAGGUUAUGACACCAAUAAUUGACCAUGACACUUGCGUAAAGGUUAUGCAGCCAUACUUGGUGGAUGACGCCAUGGUUUGUGCUGGAUUCCCCAACGCGCAGAAGGGAGCAUGCUCAGGAGACAGCGGCGGUCCAUUUGUUGUUAAAACAGGAGGAAGAUGGGAGCUUGCUGGGAUUGUCAGCUGGGGUCUCAUUCCUUGUGCACAGAACGGUAUUCCUUCAAUAUACACUGAUCCCAAAACAUUUGAAAGUUGGAUCUAUAACACCAUAAGCUCGAAUUAAAAUAAACUUAAAAGAUUUCCAGUUUCAGGGUACAGAUCUACUGGGUGAGUCAAAAAGAAGUUGACUGAGACUUAAGAUUAAAAUCAAAACAGCAACUGGCACUCCAAACCCCAGUGAAGCACAUUAUAAACAAGCAUUCUUUCCUGCUUACCCCAAAAAAAGAAUGAAACAAAUUGAUCAUUUCUGAGAGAAGUUAUGCCUGUUUAACUGAAAGCACUUACGUCUGUAGCUGACCUUGGAAUGCUAAUGCAUGACUGAAUCUACACAGCUGAAAUGCUUUUCUUUGCAUAUUAUUUAGUAUUCUGUGGACAGCUUGCAAAGUGAGUACCUUUAUUAAAGUAAACAUAACUUCUUUUAGGAUUGAUCAAUUUCUUUCAUUCUUUUUUCCUAAUAAGCAGGAGAGAGUGCUUGUUAAAUAUAUGCUUUACUGAAAUUUUGAGUGUCAUUUGUUUGUUGUGAAGAAAAAAGUCACAAAUUCCGGUCAACUUUUUUUAUUUAACCCUGUAAUGCACAUGAUGCCUGACUGCCCCAAUUCACCUAAAGUCGUCAUAACUUCUGUGUUCAUUUUUUGUUUGAUUCCCAGCUUGUAUCCAUUUGAAGCCUUUAAUUUUAGUAUGUUGCUUUUACUUGAUAAUUUGGGAGACUUUGGAACAAUAAUUGGCAGCAGACUUGCCAGGUGUGUUUCCAAUGUUAAUAUUAAUAUUGGUUU